AUGUAAGCGACAAGCAGCGAUGAUUUGCACAAAUUGCAGACCAGUAUAACCCCCGAUAAAGUCAGGAAAUCCUCCAUAGACUUGGAAAAUGAACAAAAUGCUCUUGAUAAACCAGAUCACUAAGAUUAAAAUAAUCACGACCAUGAUAAUACAGACAGCCAAAUAGGUGAAGUCAAAAUUAUCAAAAAGAACGUACGAAAGAAUGGUUUUGCUAUGCCAUUUCACCCAUUUUAAAUAAUCUCUUGGGUUAUCUUUGGCCUAGAUUCCUAUGCCUUUUAUUUCAUUAACAUAGUCACCUUUUCAUAUUAGCCUGCAAUAUCAAUAGUACUAGGAGUAGCUUAUUUGAUAAUUUUCAUUGCUGUUCUCUAUUAUGCUAUUCGAUCAACAAGGUACGAUCCCACUGACCCAACAAUAUAUAAGAAUCGUCAGGCUGAAAAGACAGGAGAAUAUUUUGACAGCUCACCGUAUGAUUUAUAUUGUGAAGUUUGCGAGUCACCAGUGUAAAACUCUGCAAAGCAUUGUGGGCAAUGCAAUAGAUGCGUUAGUGGAUUUGAUCAUCAUUGCAGAUGGCUCAAUAACUGCAUUGGAGAGGGCAAUUAUGUCUACUUCUUUAGAGUUAUUUGCAGUUUUUUUGCAAUGACUGUUCUUCAUAAUGCCACUGAUGCAGCUGUAUUAUUUUAUUUAGACAGUGACGACAGCUAUUUACUCAAGAAUCAAAAUUUCAAGUUUUAUAAGCAUCCUAUGACAACCGAAUUCAAGACAAUCUUAAUAACUUCAAUAGUUUUUAAUACAGCAGCAAUAGGUUUCUUAGGUCAUUUAAUAUCCUUCCACAUUUUCCUGUAAAAAAAGCAACUAACUACUUUUGAGUAUAUAUAAAUCAAGCAGGGCCGAAUGAAUUAUAAAUCUAAAAUCUUCAAGGAAAUUCAUCAUGAAGAUGCGGAGGAAAAUCAUAAUGAAAAUCAAGGCAAUCUUGAGACAGAUAAUGCAGCCAUGAUUUAAUCUAAUUUACAAACAAAUAAGGCAAUUGAUGAUGAUAAGGAAUUCCAAGAGAUCAUUUCUGAAGAUAAAAAUAAGUGCAACGAUAGUCUUAUUUAAGUAAAAGAUGGCUAAGGCCCAGCUGGUAUUAAUCAACUGCAGGGGGGUUAAAAUGGUAGCAAUAGCUUUAAUCACGUUGAGAGGAAAAGUUCAAUCAGAAAGUUCUUUUGUAAAUCAAAGAAAAAGUCAACAAGUCAGAAAAUAGAGCAUCAAAAAUUGUAGGAAUAAUAAAUACUGAGUUAAAUGAACUCAAAUAGCAGUCAGAUGAAUCCAAACAUCGGUAAUAACAAGCAUCAAUCUGUGAAUUCCUCUGAGUUAAAUCUACAAAAUCAGCUGACCGAUAGAAGUCUAGCUAAUACUAGUCCACUAGGCCUUGUGAAUUAUGAUAAGGUAAACAAUAAUGAUGUGUCACAAAAAGGGAGUUCUGCCAACAAUUCAGCAGAUCUUUCAAAUCAUUCUUCCCCUUCCGAAGCUCCUGCGAUCUUUUCAAAUGACUAACACAUGAUGAAUGUGAUUCACUUUGCCACUGGAGGAGACGAUUAAAAGCAUGUUUCGAACCCUAUAUCAAAAUCCACUAUGAAUCAGGCAAAGCAGAGGAAAGACUUCAUUAAUAAAAUGCUUAAUAAAAACAGAUCAGAACUUGAGACUAUUCAGGAAAAGGUAAAAGAGGAGGAAUUGGCAUAAUCCAUGUCUAAUAUAAACAUAAAAAAUCUUGAUGUUGAGGAGAGCUACUCCUUCAGUCUAAGAAACUACCCUGGUCAUAAAAUUGGCAACUAGCCAACAAAUAAUUACAACAACUAACUAAAUAUAAGCUAGAGUGCCAAUAGACUAAGUCAAGUGAAUAAUCAAAACGUCAAUGAUUCUUAUAAGAGCAAUCAAAUCAGUUACAGCUAGCCUUACUAAUCUGAUAUCUUAGGUAACUUGCCUCCAAUUGAUCCCAAAAACAAUUCUUUCUAUGGAAACCCGAGUAAGACUCUUGGAGAUCUUGACGAAUUCAAGUCACUUUAGACGGAUCUAAAUAAUAAGCAACGAAUGAGCAUUCAAGAAAAUGCUAUGAAAAUUAAAAGUGAUUAAUUAUUGAACGCUAAUUCUAAUUCUAAACAAAGAGUAUAGUAGAUGAAUAACUUCCUUGAUCAUAGUAAAAUUGCAAUUGAUAAUAUGGGAAGCAGUCCCAGCAACAUGGUGGUAAAUUUAAACCGAUUUUCAAGUCAUGUUCAACCUUAUUAAGGCAAAGAAAACAUGGGUGGAUUACUUGAAAAACAGAAUGAAUAGAAGAAGGACAUAGCUGUCUUAGAUCAAGAGAUUUACUAAUCAAGGAAUCAAAGAAGCUCAAUGCCAGUGGCUCACAGCAAUAAAAUAAAGGUUCCACAAAAUCAAAAUAAAUCAUUGAAGUAAAAUCAAUGGAUGGGACCUAAUGAUCAAAUAGGCAAAUCUAUCAAGAGCUAGCCAGAGGAAAUCAAUGAGUCUAUUAUGUCCUGUGAGGAUGAUGAUUAAAGUCAUGACAACGAAGAUGAACUAGGUCAAACAAGCUAGACCUUGAAAAUCAAGUAGAGCUUGUAAGGCACUGGACCUUAGGGAAACAGACCAAGCGUUUUUGAAAUAUCUGGGGGAGUUGGCAGCAUAAGUGGUCAAGCUGAUAAUCAAGGUUUGAGCAAAGGAAGAAUUACACACAGUUAGAAGUCAUUUGUUUGA